UUCUGUCAAGUAAUGUGAACCUUAAUAAGUCGUUCAUAUAUCGCAUGAUGAAACCAUGGAUGGGAAAUGGUGUUCUGACAAGUGACAAGGAAAUUUGGAGAACACGUAGAAAAAUACUUACUCCCGCAUUUCACUUCAAGAUAUUGGACAACUACGUGCACAUUAUGAAUCGACGAACGAAAGAAGUCCUUGACAAGCUGAUGCAACUGGGGGGAAGGCCUUUCGACAUACUUCCUAUUCUGCGGCUUGCAGCUUUUGGCAUGCUUUUCGAAACUGCAAUGGGCGUCAACAUUAACGAAGAAGAAGUCACAAACAAAAAGCUACUUCACACAACUGACGACCUGGCUGCCAGCAUCAUAUCCCGAGUUCUCAAGGUGUUCCACUGGUCCGAUACUGUGUAUUAUAUGACUAAAGAAGGAAAGAGUUUCUUGAAGAAGGCGCGCUACAUUCGACAGUACAAUGAGAAGAUUAUUCAACAACGGAAAGCACAAUAUAUUUCAGGAGAAGCCGGCUGUGCUUCAAGAAAAAGUUUCCUGGAUAUUCUGCUUCAUAUGCAUAUUGAUGAAAAAACGCUAACGGAGCAGGAAGUCGCCGAAGAAGUUGCAACAUUUUUCAUUGGUGGUUUUGACACAACGGCCACAGCGACAUCAUACACCCUGUAUUUGCUGGGCCAUCAUCCCGAAGCACAAGACAAAGUUCACGCUGAAAUUGACGCAGUUUUCGCGGACGACAAGCAGAGGAGCGUUACGGUUGAAGACAUAAAAAAAUUGAAAUAUCUAGACUGCGUUAUAAAGGAGUCCCUUCGUCUCUACCCGCCAGUUCCUCUUGUCGCUCGGAAUAUAGAUGAAGACGUGCACAUCGGAAAGUACACAAUUCCGAAAGGAACUGUCGCAGUCUGUGCCAUUUACUUUUUGCAUCGGCACCCCAAAGUCUACAAGGAACCGAACAGAUUCUUGCCAGAGAGGUUCAUGGGCAACGGGAAUGUCAGCCCUUUCGCUUUUGUCCCCUUCUCCGCUGGAUCCCGGAACUGCAUCGGCCAAAGGUUUGCCCAGCUGGAGGAGAAAAUUAUGUUGACUCACAUCCUCAGAAACUUCAGAGUCGAGUCCCUGGUGCCCAUGGAGGAGCUUCAGCUGCAACUAGAAAUAGUGCUGAGGCCUUUGCAGGGAAUACAACUGAGACUGACUCCUCGCCAACGCAGUUCUCAUGACUAAAUUUUCGCCGACCUGAUUUGCAAGAUUAGUUCUUAGACGAAGGGCAUUUCCACCUAUUUUGUUACAAACAGCUCCGGGCAAAUUUCGCAGCCUGAGCCAUAAUGCCAAAUAAAUGUC